UGGCUUGCGUUUACUUCCUCCGUUUGCGUGGAAAAGAAAACAUGGCUGAAGAACCGUGGAAUAAAGUAAACAUUCCUUUUCCAAGUGCAGUUUCAACUGUCCGUAUACCAUUUGAUAUGUCAACAGGUACGAUUGUAAAACAGGUUCUAGAGGGAAAUGAGAAAGUACUAAAGCUGCUUAGAAGCCAAAUCCUGCAGACUGAGAUACGCGUCUUAUACGAGCUUCUCUUCGUACUCAACAACAGCCUCAGGCAGCACAAACCGUUCAGGGUUAUCAAACAGGUUGAGCAAUGCAUCAACCGAUUAAAGGAAAUGAAGCUGGAUGCAGCUCUUCGUGACCUGAAGGAGCUAUGUCCGAAGAAAGUGCAACGGCAGCUGGCGAUGGAGAGUGGUCGGUGUGACGUCCCCAGUCAGCCCAUGCUGGAGUGGCUCUGUCUCAAGGUGCUGGGAGCUGCCAGGCUGAUGGCGUGUCUGCUUAACCGCUGCACCAGAGCCUUCAUUCUAGUCAGACAGCACCUCCAGUCAAAGGAGUUCAUUCUGCUGAACGUGGUGUUCACUGGUGUGCUGAGUCGGCUGUGGGUGUUUUUCCGCGGCCUCCUAGGCAGUCUGGACCCCCUCUACCAGCGUCUUCUGACUCUCCUGAAGGUGGUGACCCAAGCUCAGUCCGUGCCCUUCCUCAAGGACUUCCUCCUGCCCGCAGGGAUGGCAGAGUUCCUCGGGCCCUCUGACUCUUGCCUGUUGAAGACGGAGUCUACUAAAGGCAUCACAUUAAAGGGAGCCUCCGGUUCGUCGGCGCUCCGCAGACUGUUCAGACCGGACGCGGUGACCAGGAAGCAGGCUGUGGGCGGUCCCUCAAACAGGACAGGCAAAAUGGUGGAUCUGGGAACCGUGGUGUCACGCCAAAGGAUGGGUGCUAUGGAUGAGGUCCCUGGAACAGAUUUGAAGGCCUUGCUAAAACAAACCCGCCUCAGUAUUUCAGAGUUGUCAAUAGUAACAGAGGACCCUUCAUCAGUAGACGCUGCUGUGAAUAAUCAGAAGAGGAGCUUUCUGAAGCAACUGAAAACACUGACCAGUUUUAUCAAAAUGGCCACCUACCUAGAGGAAGUGAUGCAGUGGUGUCAAUACAGGAAGCUGUGGCGUGGAGUGAUGGGUCGUCUGAAAUUUCUCCACCUGAAAUGCAGACGGUUAAAACAUCUGGAAUCAGAGGGCUGCAGAGUACAAGGGAAGCUGAGGAGAUUCAAGCAGGAGGUUUGUUGGGCCCUGACCCUGCGAGGCGCCAUACCCACGACCUGUCGACCUCUGAAGACUCUGUGGAGGAGGGCUCAGACCAGAACCUGCUUUCAGUCUGACAGAACUCGACGUGAACCAACCAGGACUGCUGUCUCGGUCCUCAGGAAAACGUCUCCACUUCCCGACCGGGGUGUGUCCCGACGAGGCCCAUUGAGUGGGGUGGUCAUGAUGUCCGCCCAGUCCGUUAGCCGUGAGCCUAGCAACGGAAGCGCUGGCCUGUGUGAUGUCACCGCCGUUGAGAAACACUCCGGCAUGAAUGAGAGUGACAUUGAUGACAUCUUUGCCUCAAUAGGUUUUUAAGGCUCUGAAACUGUUGCAUAUGUGAUAAAACCCAAGGUUUAUUUGGUUGUGGGUGUGAGUCAUCUCUAAUUUCAAGUGUGUAAAAAUUGCAUUGAUGUCUGCUAGACAUAUUGUAAACACUGCUAGACAUACAGUACACACUCCAGAAUGAAAGAUUGUCUUUUGUGAACAGCAGAUAUAAUAAUGAAAUAAUUGGAGGUUCACUCCAACUCAAAUGUUGCCAGAUAUUUGGCCAAAACGAAUACCCAUUAGUUAUGUUAUAAUUAUGAAAUGUAAAAGAACCAACCAAAGUAAAUCCGUAAACAUGGCUGAAUUCA